UUAUCCUUUCCAAUCUCAGUGAAAUGUUUAUUUUCAUAAUGAAGUGAAGUGAAUUCUUGAAAAAUCCGUGAUAAGUUCUAUGUUUUGGAAUUCAUCAAUCUUUUCUGAAAUGAUAUCGUGAUUUUGUUACAUGUGAUGAUUGAAUAUUUGUAGGAUAAGAAAUUUGGAGAUUCUUGGGAAUACUCGAUGAAGAUGGAGAAGAUCGAGAAUGGAACUUAUAAGAAAAAUGGCUACGCUAACGAGGCGUUCCAGAUGGAAAAUAUUUACUUGGAAGGAAAAGGGAAUGGUGAAAAAUCGAAAGGAGAACUUGACGUGCAACAAGUAACAUCGGAAAACAGUCCUAGACUAGAAUGGGGAGGUGGUCUAGAAUUUCUAAUGGCUUGCAUCGCUGCUUCCGUUGGUCUAGGAAAUGUAUGGAGAUUUCCUUUCACUGCCUAUGAAAACGGAGGUGGUGCAUUUCUAAUACCUUAUAUAAUCGUGUUAUUCUUUGUUGGCAAACCUUUUUACUUUUUGGAAGGAAUCCUCGGUCAAUUUACCAGCAAAUCAUGCGCGAAAACCUGGGCCAUGGUACCGGCUAUGAAAGGUUUGGGAUACGGCCAGGCAAUCGCAGCAUUUUCCGUUGUCACUUGCUACGGCGGUUUAAUGAGUUUGACACUUUACUACCUAGUGGCUAGUUUUCAAUCUGAACUACCUUGGUCUUUUUGCCGGGAAGAAUGGAAGGAUCAAUGCAUUGACACAGUUUCGAAGGACGUAAAUAGGAGUACACGUUUGUUGCAGGACGAUGAUAGAACUCUUCGUAGCUCUGCAGAACUAUAUUUUAGAAAAAUUGUCCUGAACGAAUAUGACUCCAUCGAAGAUGGGAUUGGAACACCCUCGUGGGAGCUCUGUUUGGGUCUUUUCGUAACCUGGGCAACGAUUUUCUGUAUCCUGUGUCGUGGAGUGAAAAGUACAGGGAAAGCAGCAUAUUUUCUUGCCAUUUUCCCCUAUUUCGUUAUGAUAGCUUUGUUAGUUAGAGCGGUAACACUGGAGGGCGCAGCCAAUGGAAUUCUUUUCUUUAUUACUCCGGAUUGGAAUAAACUGUGGCAAUCAAGUGUUUGGUACGCUGCCAUCACCCAAUGCUUUUUUUCUCUGUCAAUUUGUUUCGGUCCAAUACUCACGUAUUCUUCUUAUAACAAUUUCGGACACAACAUACGCAGAGAUGUGAUGAUAGUAACGACUUUGGACACCUUCACUAGCUUAAUAGCAGGAUGCACGAUUUUCGGCAUUCUUGGAAAUCUAGCUCACGAAAUGGGCACCACGGAUAUAUCAAAAGUGGUCCGCGGUGGUACAGGACUGGCUUUCAUCUCCUAUCCCGAAGCACUGUCCCAGUUCCAGGUGGUCCCUCAACUUUUUGCCGUCUUGUUUUUCGUGAUGAUGUUUGUUCUUGGCAUCGGAAGCGCCGUGGCCCUUUGCAGCGCCGUUUUUAACAUCCUCUGCGAUCAUUUUCCGAACGUGAAAAACUGGAAGCUGGUGCUCAUCGUUUCAAUUUUUGGAUACUUCAUAAGCCUCGUCUAUAUCACCCCUGGUGGCCAAUGGUUCAUAACACUGGUGGAUUAUUAUGGUGGCACAUUCGUGGCGAUCAUCGUCGCUGUUUUGGAAAUAGUAACGAUAUUCUGGAUCUACGGUCUGUCGAAUUUCCUCAAUGAUGCUGAGUUCAUGCUCGGUUCAAGACCGUCAUUUUAUUGGAGACUUUGUUGGGCUGUGAUCGCACCGCUAUUGAUGAUCUUCAUUUUGAUCUGCACGAUCGUCACUUACGAAUCACCCACUUACGAUGGCGUACCAUUUCCGGAUUACGCUUAUGGAAUCGGCUGGUUUCUGCUAUUUUUAGGAGUUGUCGCGAUUGUUGGCUGCGUUUUGCAGAAACUAGUGGAACUAAGAUCAUCAUCAUUGAUCGAAACCGUGAAAGCAGCAUUCAGGCCCUGCGAAGAGAAAUGGGGACCUCUGGAUCCUAAGAUUCGACUAGAAUGGAAGGAAUUCGUAGCUGAAAAAAAGUUUCAUCAUCGUGGCGGUUGUGUUGAAGCUUUUUUAAAGUAAAAAUAAAUCGAUUCGCACGUCUA